GGACAAAGAAUUAAACAAAGCCAAAUCACACACGCUAUACUUUCAAUUUUCUUUUCCCCCUUAUUUGUUACUUUUCUCAAACAUUAUCGGUUAAUACUAUCUUCCCCCGUCCAAUUUUCACCUCCUUUUUCAUUCUCUUUUGUUUUGGUCCUUUUCAUCAAACACGAAUACGAGCAUGGCACAAGCACGAAUAGGCACGACACGAUUCGAACCGUGCCCGGGCCUGGGCCGGGCCUAACAAAGUUAACAAAUGGGCUUGCAUGGCACGACACGAAAACUGACGGGCCGUGCCAAGCAUGGCACAAAAUAAAUGAGCUCGAAGCGUGCCCGUGCCGUGUCAGCCCAAGCACGGCCCAACGCCCAUGUACAGCCGCAACCCUCCUCCAGUCCUCCAUCACCGCCAGUCCGCCAUCGCCGCGCCGCCCGACAACAACAUCAGUCAACAACCUGCGACAACCCUCGUCGCCCCCAUCCAACCACCACCCCUCCCCGACGACCCCGCCUUCCUCCCUCCGUCGGCCGCGAGCCAACACUCCUCCCCCGCCGGCGCUAGGUCUCCCGUCUCCGAGACCCCUACUCCGCCUUCUCCCUGCUCCGCCGACGCCUUGUCAAUCUCCCCCGGCGACCCCUGCAGAUCUGUUCAUCCAUGGAGAAAGAAGGUGAGAGAAGAAGAAGUGGUUUGGUGGGUGUGAAAUGGCAGAGGAAGGAAGGAGAGAGAAGAGAAGUGGUCUUGUGGAGGAAGGAAGGAGAGAGGAGGAGAUAAGGAUUCAGAUGAGUGGUGGAGAAUUUUUGUUUUUUUAUUUAAACUUUAGUUUUUUUUUUCGGUUGGCCGGCUAACCGAGCCUGAAACUGAAACCGACCGGUCGGUUGGCCGGCUAACCGUGACCUCUGGUCGGCAGCUAUAGGGGGUGGCUCGGUUUAACCGAUAACCGGGUUUUCAGUUUUCAGUUAAACCGAAACCGACCGAAUGCCACCCCUAGCUGUAACAAGUCUGUACCAAGAGCAAAGACGAAGAACCCUAGGCUGCUACAAAGAAGGCCAGCAAAGAACAAGCCGAGACCUACAAAAUCAGAUCAAUCGAUCUUAGAUUGCAGGCUCUGAUACUAUGUCAAAUCAUCAAACAAAACGAAAGAAUAUAUUUUUUUUAACGUG